AUGCAUGUCUGGUAAAUAAUAAGGAAAUUAAAGAUUAUAACAAAAAAAUGUCUGGUUCUUGUCUUUUUCAUUUUUAAAAAACAAAGCGUCAUUUAAACGAACAUUCGAGGGUUAAAUAAUGGCAUCGCGGGACCAAAUAAGUAUUUAGGCAAUAAAACUCUCUUUCUUAGUGCUUUUUAAUUUACGGUAAAGUAUAUUUCAACUGCCCGGCUUGGAAUUGGUACCCGGUAUAGUUGGAAGAAAAGAAAGCCGAAGAGAGGUUCAAAAUGUCUAAUAAUUUCGUUUUCCCGCCACGGUAAAAAUUACCGCGGAUAUGGCUGCUUUGACCGCUGAAAAUAAGGGAAAGAAUCUUCUGUCAAUACUGAAUAAACUAAAACCGAAAGAACACGAUUUAACACUGGAUGUCCCCUUAGAAAAGACAGACUCUCAAUUUGCUGGUCAUGCUUUGCGUGGAAAUGGUAAUCUGAAGUCAACUAGCGUAAAAAAUGAAGAAGAUAAACUUCAAAGAAUUGAUUUAAUCACACCCGAACCAAAAACUAAUACAUUUGAAUUUCUUCCCAGUGGUGAAAAAGCUAUUAAAGAAUCUGAAUCAUCCGCCUCACUUCAAAUUGUAGGUGAAGUGAAGCCAGUUGUUAUUCCUUUUCAAGAAUAUCAAAAUAAACUAGAAGAGCCAGUGGACAAUGACAUAGAAGAUAUGAUACCAGAACAUGUGCACUGCACAGCCUGUAAUAAAAAACUUAGUACCAAGAAAAAAAAGAUUUGCAAACACCCAAAGCUAUCAGUUUUGCUUUGCAAGAAAUGCUUGAAGUUUAUAAACUCGAAUGAAUUUACCCGUGAUGAAAUGGGAGUUGAAGAAUAUUGUACAUGGUGCGGAGACGGUGGAAAUUUAGUUUGUUGUGAUUUUUGUGAAAAAGCGUACUGUAAACAUUGUGUUAAACGCAAUUUAGGCAAGGAAUUCUUAAAGGCUUUACUGGAAGCUGAUGACGAUGUCAAAUGGAAAUGUUUUUCUUGUGAUCAUGUUCAAAUCAAAAAUUUUAUAGAGGAAUGUGAUGCUGUAAUGAAAUAUAUUAAGUUGCAGAAAUUAAAUGAACCAGCCUUUGAUGGGAAAAAAACACAUUUUGCUGGACCAACUCAAAUGGAGAGACAGAAGAGACUAACAGAGGUUGCAAGACAAGUUAAAGACUCGCCUGAAGUGCAUGUCAAGUUAAAAAGCAGUUUUCCAAAGUACGAGACCAUUGAUGAUGACGAUGACGAUGAUCAUGUGGAUAGGACUGUCACAAAUACAAACAAUAAAAAAAUUGAUUCCACUGACAAUGAAACUUUUAUUGACACAUCUAAAUUCAUGUCCAAUGCUACGAAUAUGUCAAAUACUGUAAAUACUACCAAAUCAAAGGGAAAUGACAAUAUAAAAAAUGAAACUAAUGCAAGCAAUGUGAAUAAUGUAAAUACAGUUAACUUAAAUAUAAUUAAUACACCACAAAAGGAGAAAAGAAUAAUCAAUGCGGAUGAAGUGAGACCAGUUGUAAAUAAGUUAGAUCCUUCCACUGUUUCUGAUAUCAUUACAAAAAUUAGGGAUUCCAAUAAGAAGGAUGAUUCAGGACGAACUUUACGUGGGAAAAAAUUGGCAACAUAUAAUGAGAAAGAACUACAACAGAAAGUAGAAGAAGAAGCUGAGAAAAAAAAUAAAGAAAUUGAAACGAAACAAAAAGGACAUAAAAAGAAACAAACAGUGAUUAUGUUGUCAAGUGAUGAUGAAUCUGAUUCAAGUGAUGAAAUUGUUGUUGUGAGUAAGAGUGGCAAACGUAGUACAAUUAGAAAAAGUAUAUUAUUAGCAGCACAAGCAGCCCUUGAAGGGACGGAAAAGAAAGCUAAAAAAGUUACAAAGAAAAAAAGAGACAAAAAAAGGAAAAAAGGACUUGGAAGUUUUAUGCGUUUAAGUUUUUCUCAUAGCAAAGCCAAAUCUAGCAGCUCUUCUUCUGAUAGGACUAGUGAGGAUUCAAGUGACGAUGAGGACAAGAAGAGCACUGAUGAAGGUAAAAUCAUUGAUAAAGAAAAUAAAGAAAAAACAAAGAUGGAAACAGUAGAAGAUAUUGCUAAACUAAAUACAGAGCCUGCUACAAAUAACAUUGGUCCAGCCAGCCUUACAGAAACAAAGGAUGCACAGGAAAAAGAAGCAAGCCAGAAAAGCUAUAAUGUUGUUGUAGAUGAUCAGCAGCCAGGCCCAUCUGGGGUGCGACCUAAAAAUAAGAUGCAAAGGAGAAGACAGGUAAUUGAUAGGAAAAGCUCCACUGAUUCUGAUAGUGAUGAUGUUGCAGUAAAUCAACUGAGUAGAAAAAGGCGAAGCAGAGCAAAUUCAAAAAGCAUUUAUUUUGAGAACAGCGUCACAAAAAACAGACGAUCAACAAGAGGAAAAAUUAAUAUUGACGAUGAACAAAAAGAGAGUGUUGAUCAGUCAGCAACAACAAUAGAGAACAUGGAAAAAAAUGUAAAUAAAGAUAACGUUAAAGACAAUGAGAAGAAUUACAAGUUACCUACCGAGGACAAGAAAACAGAAGAAGAAAAAAUAAGUAAAGGAAAAAAAGAAGAUAGUCUCGAAAAAAUCAAAACAGAUUCGCCAGCACCUGUCCAGGAAGAGCUGUCUGAUGGAGAAAUUAGUGACUCUAUGUUAAAUGAUGAUGAAACUGAAAGUGAGGAGGAUGAAGAGUUAACGAAGACUGAUGUGAACAAAAAUAAAGAAAAUACAGGUGUAACAAAUAGUGAAUCUAUGUUGAUUGAAAAUGAAAAUCAAGGUCAUGAUAUUAAAGACCCAAUGGAUGUGAAUAAGGACAAAAAUACCAAACUUGAAGGCUCAAAAAAAGGUGCGGAGGCAAACACUAUUAAUGGUGGUGAAAUUGCAAUGGAGACUACUGCAUUAGUUGAUGGUAACAGUGACAGUGAUAAGGAGGUUCAAACAAAAACUUCAAGUAAGAAAAAAACAAACAAACCAGAAACUGUAGCAUCUAGUUCAUCUGACGACAAUGAAGAUAAGGUACAAAUAAAAAGUUCAAAUAAAAAAAAGAAACCCAAACCUGAAACUGUUGCAUCUAGUGUAUCUGAUGGUGACAAUGACGAAGAGAUACAAAUAAAAAGUUCAAGUAAGAAAAACAUCAGCGUUUCUGAUGGUAACAAUGACGAAGAGGAACAAGUAAAAUGUUCAAGUAAGAAAAACAAACUUAAAUCUGAAACUGUUGCAUCUAGUGCAUCUAGUGCAUCUGAUGGUUACAAUGACGAAGAUUUACAAAUAAAAAGUUCAAGUAAGAAAAACAAAUGCAAACCUGAAACUGUUGCAUCUAGUGCUUCUGACGAUGAGAACAACGAAGAGGUACAAGUAAAGAGUAAGGAACAAAAGAAAAGGAAAUGUGAAUUCUCCUCUAACUCAGGGAGUGAAUCAGAAGUUGAGAUAAAGCCAUGUUCUAAAUCUAGAGUGAAAAAGAGAAAAAAGAGAGUUCGUUUAAAUUCUGUUUCAUCUUCAAAUGAUUCAUCUGGCAAUGAUGUUAAUAUGACUGAAAAAGUUAGCUCAGACUCAUCAUCCAGUGACGGAUCUGUCAUAAUAACACGAAGAAGUAAACGACAGAAAAAUGCUGCGAAGAAAAAGAAAACUCCAAAACAGAGAGGAAAGAAGAACAAAGAGGCUGUAGUACUAAGUGACAGUGAUGACGAACUACAAUCACCAUCAAAAAAAGGUCGUAGAAAAAUUCGAAGAAUUCUUAAGGAUCAUGAAUUGAACGAGGAAACUAUACAUGCUCGGGAAUUGGAGGAGCAGCGUCGUAAAAGAUUACUUGAACGCACCAAAGCAGACCGACAAGGUGUUAAUCACAUACUACAAGAGGAAGAAGGUGACUUUGUUCUGGAGAGAAACAAAAAAAAGGAAGUUCUCGUUUCUGUUGAUCCUGAGAUUAAUAAACAUUUGAAGCCUCACCAGCGAAAAGGUAUACAGUUCGUGUAUGACUGUGUUAUAGAAACUGUGAAUAGCUACAAGAAAGGUGAAGAUGGCAGUGGCUGUUUACUGGCGCAUUGCAUGGGCUUAGGAAAAACACUCCAGGUGGUGACUAUUUUACACACUUUGAAGACUAACGAAAAUAUUAAAAUGUCGAAGUUUUUAGUAGUCGCACCUUUAAAUACAGUACUCAAUUGGGAACAAGAGUUUGAAAAAUGGCUAAAUGUUGACCAAAGGUUGGAUGUGUAUGUGUUAAGUUAUUGUAAUGACAACAAAGAUCGAGUCCAUACCCUCCGUCGGUGGUUUAACAAAGGUGGUGUAGUUAUUACUGGAUAUGAAAUGUAUCGCAAUCUUGUCAAUGGCACAUUUAUUAGAUCAAAGAAAAUGAAAGAGGAAAUCAAAAAGUUCUUAUUGGAUCCAGGACCUGAGGUUGUAGUUUGUGAUGAGGGACAUGUUCUUCGUAACAACACUUCAGCAAUAUCAAAAGCCAUGAAUAGCAUCAAAACGAAACGACGCAUUGUUCUCACUGGUACUCCAUUACAGAACAACCUACCAGAGUAUCACGUUAUGGUUGACUUCGUUAAACCGAAAUUAGUUGGUACUCGUAAAGAAUUUCAAAACCGGUUUGUUAAUCCGAUUCAUAAUGGACAAUGUUCAAACUCGACACCUCGUGACGUCAAAGUGAUGAAACAAAGAUCGCAUGUACUUUACCAGUUACUUUCUGGAUGUGUACAGCGUCAAGAUUAUUCUGUUUUGUCUCCUUUUUUACCGCCGAAACGAGAAUACACAAUUUUUGUACGAUUAACUGAGAAACAGAUCAAGAUGUACCAAUAUUAUAUUGAGAAUUUUGUUUACAAAGAUGCUACUGACAAACUGAAAGGAUCUUCGCUCUUUUCUGAUUUCCAAUGUCUAUCUCGUAUCUGGACUCAUCCGUGGUCUCUACAAAUUGAAAGACAGCGACAGGCUUACCGUAAUAGGUUUAAGGAAGAAGACAGUAUGGAUGAAUUUAUUGACGAUAACAAUGCCGAAGAAUCGGAAAGCUCUAAUUCCGAUAAUGACAAGGAAAAACCGUGGACAGUAGACACAAGUAGCGACGAGGAAGAUGAAGCGAAAAGAAGAAAAAGACGCCGUGUUGCGACUUCUGGAUCUGAUAGCAGUUCAGAUGAAGAAACCGACGAAGAGCCAGAAAGCGCCACUCCUAAAAGAACUACACGCAACAGCAGGAGAAUAACUGAGAAGGAUGUUAAGAAGAAGGAGAAUGAAGGCAGCGAUACGUCAACGAACGAUAUGACUGUCGUUAAGCCUGUUGAUAUCAAACCAUCACCCUCCCAUGGUAGUUUACGCUCAGGUAUCAACUUCAAGGAUGCAACUCUAAAUCCUGAGAGAGAAGAUGAGAAACCAGAAUUCGAGAAAGAAUGGUACGAUGAAUUUAUUACUGAAGAUGAUGAAUGCAAUGUGGAAUUGAGCGGCAAACUGGUUUUAAUGAUGGAGAUCCUUGCCAAUGCUGAUGUAGUUGGAGACAAAGUACUUGUUUUCUCUCAAAGUUUGGCCUCCUUAGAUUUAAUUGAGUCUUGUCUUGGGGGUGGGGAGAUUGGUGGAAAUCAACUAAAUUGGUGCCAUGGAGUUGAUUACUUUCGCAUGGACGGUUCAACACCUGUUCAUAAACGAAAACGAUGGGCGGAUAUUUUUAAUGAUCCUGAAAAUGAAAAGUGCCGAUUAUUUUUGAUUUCAACGAAGGCUGGCUCCUUAGGUAUCAACAUGGUAGCUGCUAACCGUGUGAUAAUAUUUGAUUGUUCAUGGAAUCCAUCCCACGAUGUGCAGUCAGUGUUUCGUGUCUACCGAUUCGGUCAAGAGAAACCUGUUUAUGUGUACCGUCUAAUUUCACAGGGCACAAUGGAGGAAAAAGUUUAUGGCCGUCAGAUUACUAAAUUGGCUGUAGCAGGUCGUGUUGUAGACGAAAUGCAGAUUGAAAGACAUUUUACUGAUGAAGAAAUUCGUGAGCUGUAUACGUUUGCACCUGAAAAAGUUAAAGAGGAUGGGGAAACGCCUCAAUUACCCAAGGACCCAUUGCUGGCGGAGGUGUUACAGCGACAACACCCAAAAUACAUUGUGCGCUAUCACGAGCACGAUCUUCUGCUGGAAAACGUUGAAGCUGAAGAAUUAACUGAGGAAGAACGAAAACAGGCAUGGAAAAGUUAUGAAGAUGAAAAAGAAAACGCCAAAGCCCUCUAUACGAGACCUCAAAAUUUUGAUCAAUUGUAUGCUGGUCAAGUCAGCGAUGUUAAUAAUCGUAUGCAAUACUUUGUGAAUGGCAACCAACUAUAUCGCGUUCAUGCUGCCAAUGCAGCUGGACCUGUUCAACUUGGCAAAAUCAAUCUGCCGAAUAUAUCACAUCAGCUUCCGCCCGACGUGCAAGCUCGAAUGCACGCUCAAAGAAGCAACGAAGCCCUCAUGCUGGCUGAACAGGCUCGAGCUAACCAAAUCGCUAGAUUUGCGAUAAAUUAUCCCACAAGUGGAUCCAGAGUUACUGUGCCAGUUUCAGGAAGCAUAAGAGGCAUUCGUGUGCCAGCAGUAUACAGUUUGGCACACGGUGGUCCGAUAACAGUUCUUAGACCCGGUAGUGCUCAAAUUCCUUUGCAAAUUCAAAAUCGCAGCACUGCUGUUAGACUUCCGCCUUUGAGUAAUGCACAAAAGAUUUAUGUAAAUAACAGUCCUGUUGAUCGACCUUUCAUUCGUGUACCCUUUCCUACGAGUACUACGAACAAAACAUUACUAGAACUUGCUGAAGGACAAAAAAGGGGACGGCCUAGCAAGUAUGACGUAAACUGGCAAAAGCAGUGAGAAAUAUUUGGCAUAUAUAGAAUAAAUUAAUUUUUUUGGUUGACUUAAUUUUCUUGUCUGUUUACCGAUGUUCUCUCUACAUAACGCUUGCACAAUCAAUUGUGAAAUUGUUGAGUUCUGAUAAAAUACUUUUUAAACUUUUUUUCUCAUUAACAUGCGGAGAAUGGUAUUAUAUUUUUGUAUAUAAUAUUCCUUUUAAAGAAAAGAAGCAUUUUAUUAACUAUUAUA